AUGUCUUUGGAAGAGAUGGAGAUUGUUGUACAGGUGGUGGUGGUGGGUUAUGUCAUGAUGUCUAGGAUGUUUUUUAGCCAAUCUAACUAUCCUUCCAAUCCAAAUUAUGUUAUUUGGUUGGAUUGGAAAGGGAGUCCCAGCAGUCCUCCUUCUCGCUCUCACAGCCCCCUCGGUCCUCCCUCCUCAGUCCUUACUCCUCUGAUCUCUCAAGAUUUGAAGCUUGAUGAACUUGCAAAUAUUGGAAGUAGAUUUCUUAAUGGCUAUCAGCAAGCGCUUGAAUUUCUUCGACGACCUCCGAUAGACAGGAUAUCUCAGUUAAUUGAGAACAUCAUUAAAGCAAAUGAAACGAAACGGGUUAAAUCUUAUAUUGAAGCUGGUUGUGUUAAUGUUCAUGAUAGCAUACAAAACACCAACAAGUCCAAGACCUUACUAAACGAACUUGAACAUCUCUUGGAGGAUUUAUCUGGUGCAAUUCAAACUGCCAAUGAAUGUUUAUCACCUUUGAAUAAUGAAGAUUGCUGUGAUCAAUUGUAUCAAGAACUAACCAUUGAUCAGGUGGAAAAAUCAUCAUUUGAUCUCGGAGAACUUGAAAUGACACAUUAUGUUGUAUUGAUGGGGAUCAUUUACAGUAUGGUAAAGCAAGACUAUGUGAUGCAGGAGAGGAUUGUUAAUUCGUUAAAUUUCAAAUCAUUGUCUGGAGAAUUGGAGAGCUAUUGUGUAAUGUGGUCCUUGCGUCCUUUUAUCAAGGAUGAAGUUAUGCAUCAUGCCUGGAGACUUAUACGUGAGUCUGUGGGUAUGGAAAAAUGUGUUGAAAAUAUCAAUAUUGAUGGAGUAGAUGUUAAAGAAAGAAUGGAGAAAGUUUCUGAAAAUAUUAAAGGCGGAAGUAAAGGUGAAGAUCAAAAGGUUUUAUGGGAAUUAGAGGAAGAGAGUGAUGUGGGCAUCUCAAAUGAUGUUGAUAAUGAAGAUGUUGAUGUAGGGUUUAGUGAUUGUGGAUCAGAUAAUUCUAUCGAUAAUAUAAGUUUCGAGGAUGAACAAUUUGGUCUUGAUGAGGAGUUUGACUUUGUUUUUAGUUAUAGCUCUAAGGAUGAAGAUGAGUGUAGACAUGUAUUAAGGACUUAUGAAAUUUGUGAUGGCUAUCCAAUUCCAAGAAAAAAGAAUGAUAAGGUUAGAUUGGUUGCUUAUUAUGAAGAAAUAGGUUGUGAAUGGAAGUUUUAUGCAUCACAAACAUAA